CUUCAUUUAGAAACUUUGAAUUUUCUAACGGACAAUAAUCGAUUUAUUGAUAUCGUUACACUAAAUUAUAGCUGAUAACGAUAAAGCAGCCAAACUUCCAUCGCUGACUUACUUAAUUUAUCGAUACAUGCAAAUAAAGAAGCGGCAAUCUAUUGUGAUAUUGUCCUGUUUAAUUUAAUAAUAUAAACAAAUACAACAAGUUUCCUACGAGAUGGCCCUCGUUGACUAUGGCGCCAGCAGUUCCUCUUCCUCUGAAGACGAAGGCUCCUCCAACACAGCUCUCACUGAGAUUCUAGGCACUCUUAAAAGACCUGCCCUGCCCACAGCUGCCGCCCUCUUGGGUCCCAAGAAACCCAAGCCCGAGGAGUUCGUCGAUGAUGUCGUUGAUGAUCCAGCCUUGCAUGGCGGGCGCAUACGGUCUUUUAAGCACGAGCGUGGAAACUGGGCCACCUACGUCUAUGUGCCGGCAAGUGCGUGUGCCGAGCAGUUGGAGGAGUUCCAGGCAGAAGCCAUAGCGCAUUUGGACCCUGAAGUUAAGCUGCAAGCCAAUGAGUCACUGCAUCUCAGUCUCAGUCGAACAGUGGUGCUGCAAUACCAUCAGAUAGACGAGUUCUCGCGAUCCUUGCAAACGGCACUCAACAGCUCCACGGGCUUUACUGCCACCUUGCAAGGCCUCCGUAUCUACACGAACGAAGAGCGAACAAGGACUUUCGUCUCAGCUCCAUUGGAUGCCGCGUUUGCGGAGAAAAUGGCUGCCAUCCUGCAGCCCAUCGACCAAGUUAUGCUCGACUACCGGCUGCAACAGUUUUACAAUCCCGCCUCCUUCCAUGUGAGUCUCCUUUGGUGCGUGGGCGAUGAGGAGGAACUGCUUAAUAGCAAGCUCAAGGAGUUGCAGGAGUUGCUUGAGGACCAGGACACGCUUUCACUUGGUGUCCAUGAAGUGCACUUGAAAUGCGGCAAAAAGGAUUUCACUUACAAACUAAGAUAGAAAAUGCGUUGAAGUAAAAAAGUUAUCAGUCAUCAAAAAGCACAAGCUCCCAGCAGUCGGCAAGAAAGCUGACAUAUAUUUUUGGAUUUAAAUUUUUAUGGCUACCAUGCAAGUGCACUGUUGAAAACCAGCAA